GUUAACAGAAUAUUUUUUUCAGGACACCAAUGGGGAACUCCUAUGCAGGCCAGCUGCGGACCACGCGCUUUGAGGAAGUCCUCCAUAACUCCAUUGAGGCAUCGCUGAGAUCCAACACCGUGGUGGCCCGACCUGUGUUCUCACAGCUUUACCUCGAGACAGAGCAGCCAUUGACACAUAAUGGUCGUACAGAGAAUGACGAUGACGACGAUGAAGAUGGCUCUGAGUCUAACAGUCCUCCACUACCCUAUCAGAUGAAGACCCCACCUGAAGGAUGUUGCACAACAGAUGGCUUCUGUCAGGCUGGCCGGGACCUGCGUCUGUCCUCACUGGCAUCAGAUCCCUUGGAUGUGUCCGCUGGGUUCAUGUUGGUGGGUGUGAAGUCCCCCUCCCUCCCGGAGACCCUGCUGGUGUGUGCCGUGGACCGCCGCUUCCUUCCAGACGAACGGGGUCACAACGCACUGCUAGGCUUCUUAGGAAACUGUAUGGGCUGCGGUGAGAAAGGCUUUCGUUAUUUCACUGAGUUCUCCAACCACAUUAACCUGAAGCUCAGCACCCAGCCCAAGAAACAGAAGCACUUGAAGCACCAUCUGUACAGGAACAACCAGGGCGUGCUGGUGAAAGGAGCUCCCAUCUGCUGGAGGGGACACGAUGGCAGGAUGAGACAGACGGUGUCCAUUCUCCCAGAAGGCCAUGUUGCAUCAGAUGAACCGCCACCAAACACGGCACCUACACUCCCUUUACACACACCUGGUGGCUACACAGCAGGAUCAAAUUCGGACCCGGUUAAUCUGCCACAAGUAGCUGAUGCCCCCCACCCGCUGACAAAUGGCAUCCAUGUUGCUCCCUCCGUCGCCCAGCCAUCUUUAAAUCAGUCGGGACCUGGGAGACCCUCAGCUACAGGGUCCCAUGCAAACGCUGGUCCUCCAAAAAAGAGGCAUAAGGGCUGGUCGCCUGAGUCCUCUGCCAACAGUGUGACGGAGAGCGCUGUGAAGACCCCACCAUCUUCAUCAGCCUCAGCAGCAUCAUCCAUGUCCUCUCUCCUCACAAAUGGAGCCAGAUCAGAGACUGCAGCCCCGCUGAGUUCCUCGCAGGCUUCCUUGACCCUACUUUCUCCACCAGGGCUGGCAGUAACAAUCCCUGAUCAGCUGCUGCACACCUGCAGACUGCAACCUGUCAUCUUCAAAGGGCAUGGCUCUCUGCCUCAUCUGACUGGAAACAUCAGUGAAGUACUCCUCAGUUCUCUGCUCCAGAGCUGUUACCUGAGCUCCCAGACACUCCCCAGAGUCUACCAGCACUACGGACCAUCACCCAUUCAGCCAUUGUCAACAGAGAUGCAGAUUCUUCUCACAGUCUACUACCUUGUUCAGCUAGGUCCUGACCAGGUGCCCCUGAUAGAGGACUUGGAGCAGAUAUUCAUGAGGUCAUGGAGGGAGUCUCACCUCAGCGAGAUCAGACAGUACCAGCAGCCUCAAACACCGGCCAGCCAAGGGAGGCACUACGGCAUAGAGACCUCUUCCAUCCUGCCUGGGCUCCCCCAGCAUCUGUCCCUACUUCCCCAGAGCCAACAACCUUUGACCCCCAGUCAGCUUCCUUGGCUGGCCCAGCUGGCUGCGUCGUCUUGUGGAGAGGGCGUGGUGGUUUUAGGGGAGAAGAUUGGUUCUUUGGCUCAAGGACUUCAGCAAACAGUCAGCAGGUUGAUGGAAGGACGUCUUGAAAACACCAACUACGUGGCCAUUAUCGUCACUGUACCGGGACAGGAAACUCAGUCCUGUGUGGUCGUCACAGGUAAACACCAGUGUCGUGCCUUGGCAGAGAGUAUGUACUCUCCCAAUGAGGGUCUUAAAGAAAUAAACCACCAGCUCUCCCUUGGUGCUGCCCAGGAACUCAUCCACUACUGCAAUUCUCUCGGACAGGACGGUGAUUUGGAUUCCCUGCUGGAUAGUGCCACCUUAGACAGCAACGAGCCCUCUCCCUUAUCCAGUUGUUUGGACUCAGCUGAAGAGAAGAGUCUUAAAACUACACACAGUCCCAAAGACACACCCAGUCCAAAGAAUUCAAAAGACUCACCCAGCCCUAAAGGGAGAGCUUCAAGUCCCAAAGACACCUGUUCAGAAUACUCCGUAAAGUGGCGUGAGGUUCGUCCCAUCCAGCUGGCGGUGGCCAGAAAGCUGCUGUCCCAUGUCUGUGCCAUAGCAGACUCCAGCACACAGAACCUGGAUCUUGGCUCCUUCGACCGGGUCAGCUUCCUCAUCCUGGUCCCGCCCUCUGAGGUCACAUUUCAGCAAACUGUUUUCCACCUCUGGAGCUCUGGUGUCCUUCAGGAGCUGGGGGGUUUAGACCAGGAGUGUGUGUCUCAACGGGAGGCUGAGCGAUAUGUGGUCAAGAUGGACCAGAACGCUCAGGCACGAAUUGAAAACCUCAUCCAGGAAGCACAAAGCAACUCCUACACACUCUACAUCCUGGUCCAUGACCACGCCCACUGGGACAUUAACAGUAACUCAGAUAGUGGACUGGGUCUGGUGGAUCAGCUGUUAAACUCCCGUCAGGUCAGAGAUGCUCCAAACAUCCUGAUUCUCCACGUCACCUCCUUCCCCUUCGCUCUGCAGACACAGUAUACCCGCAUCAGUCCCUACAAUGAGAUCCACUGGCCUUCUGCAUUCAGUAAUGAUGUGGACCUGUAUCAUGAGAAGACGCGCUACUUUGGUGUGUCGGAGCUUUUAGAGUCGACCCGCUCAGGGAGCAGUCUGCCUCUGAUGCGUUAUGAUUCAUCCUUUGAAAGCAUGGCAUCUGCUCUGGAAGAAAGGUUUCCUAAAUUGCACAGCUCUGUGAUCCGGACCACAGUUUUGAUCCAACACUACUGUGUGGCUCUGAUGGCUGCAUCCGGCAAAAUCGGCAGCUCCCACAAUCUCCACAAACACACAUCAGUGGAGACCCUAGAGAUUGUACAAUCACUGCUCACUGCGGCCCAGCAAUGUCCCACCCACCAUGGGCACAUGGUCCUGCUGCGGAUCCCCUCUCAGUCUCUGGCAGCAUGGGCCCACCGGCGGCUCUCCAGAGUGAGGAGGCAGCUGGGUCUGGAGGACACUUUUGAAAUCAUACUGGGGAAUCCAAACCAGGCUCUGAGUAUUGGACAGAGCUUCACUGAUCAGAUCAAGACCUGGCUAAAGAUCCAGGAUGCUGACUGGGUUCCUCAGACCUACCUGGAGCUGGAGGCCCUUCCCUGCAUCCUGAUCCUAUCAGGAGCCGAGCCCCAGGGGGAAUCUAUGCCAAGGUCAUUGAAGUACUGUGAUCUCAGAGUGAUAAGCUGCUCCUACCUUCAGCGAACCACACUGGAACAAGAGCUAGGUCUGGCUGCUUAUCUAGUGAGAGCAGAGUCUCGACCCCCACACAACCCCGGACCAGGAAGUGACCUGCUGGAGAGUGACGCAGAGAAACUCAGCAGUACUGACAAUGAGGAGGAGGAAGGACAAGAGAAUGGGGACUCCCCUCUGUCCAGCAGCCAGCAGCUCCAGUCAUGUCCAGAGGGCGGAGCUUCAGAUCCCUUCCCUGCGCAAAGCACCACCUCUCCAAAUGUCCAGAAAGGGACAACAGACACCAUUCAACCUCCCUCAAAAUCACAGACUCAACUCCAACCUCAGCCCUCUCAAUCUUUUCCCUAUCCUCCAACUCCAUUGCACCAACCUCAAGUGCAGAGUUUUUCCCAGGCACAAACAAAUUCCCAACCCCACACUCAAACACUUUCCCAGCCCCACUCCCAAAUGCAAAUACCCAACCCUCAACCCCCUCCCUCUGCUCAGUCACGUCGCCAAAACUCCAAAUCCACCUCCUCUGGCUCCUUGUCUCCGCAAGCCUCCUCUCCUCACCUGAGCUGCUCCUGGGCGCGAGGUGUGAGUCGCCCGCCCUCUGUGCUCCUCCCUCGGGCCCUCUACGAUAUUAUCACAGCCAGUGACAGCAGCGGGCUUCCCCGAUGUACAUCAUUCCUGCCGCACAUGUCUGUCGCAUGGGCAAGCAGCUUCAGGCCCUUGCUGAGUAAGAUGAUGACAUGUACAGAGCAGUCACUGUACUAUCGCCAGUGGACGGUCCCUCGCUCCUACCACAUGGACAGCAGCAACCGCACUGAAGGUCGAAGCGACAACUUUCAUCCUCGCAGGCUGCUGCUCAGUGGACCUCCACAGGUGGGUAAGACAGGAGCGUACCUGCACUUCCUGGGUAUUCUGUCCCGGAUGCUGAUCAGGUUGAUGGAGGUGGAUAUCUACGAUGAAGAAGACAUCAACUACAGCUGUCAGGCUGAGGAGGUGCUGUACCACCCAUCCAAUGUUUCCUGGCCCAACCCAGACAUUGUGAAGACGAUGCCCUUUGACUACACCAUCCAUGACCCCAAAUAUGAGGAAAUCAGCUCUGUCUACUGCCCUGGAUAUAAAUCAAGUGCUGAUGGAAACCCUGUCCGCCAGGAAGAUGUUUACCUACGUAGGAGGACAUCCAGGAUCAAGCUGUCUAAAUAUGCGGCCUACAACACAUACCAUCACUGUGAACAGUGUCAUCAGUACCUGGGCAUCAACCCCAGAUACCAGAUGUAUGAGUCCACACUGCAUGCCUUCACAUUCACCCAUCUUCUACUUGGGGAAGAGAUCCAGCUGUACUUCAUCAUCCCCAAGUCUAAAGAGCACUACUUCAGCUUCAGCCAAUCAGGAGGCCAGCUGGAGAGCAUGCGGCUGCCGCUCACCUCCGAUUGGAGCCCGGAUUGCAUCAAAAGUCCAAUCUUCACCCCCACCACCGGUCGUCAUGAGCAUGGUCUGUUUAACCUGUACCAUGCUAUGGAUGGAGCCUCACAUCUACAUAUCCUGGUAGUCAAAGAAUAUGAGAUGGCCGUGUAUAAAAAGUACUGGCCCAACCACAUCAUGCUGGUUCUGCCCACUGUCUUCAACGGAGCUGGAAUAGGUGCUGCUCACUUCCUGAUAAAAGAGCUUUCGUAUCACAACUUGGAGUUGGAGCGCAGUCGGCGUUUGGAGGGAGGGGGCCCAGCCGGCGACGUCUGGCCCUUCAUCAUCCUGACCGAUGACUCCUGCGUUAUGUGGAACGCAGUGGACCUCGACGCGCGCAAUGGAGCAGUGGAGCACGCUGUGUCACUGAAGCACAUCUUACAGCACAUGGAGGCCUGUCCGGACCUGGCACACUACGGACUGUGUGGGGUCAGGAAGUGGAGCAGCCGCGGACUCACAGAUAACAAACUGAGGGAGCCCUUCUCAAGAGGUCACCUUCAUGACUUCCUUCUCCUCAAUGUCGACCGGAGCCAGAACGUCCAGUACGACCAGAACCGCUUCACCUGUCACGAUGUGGACUUCACGCUGAGGCUGCACAGCGCCGGCCUGCUCGUCUGCCGGUUCAACGCCUUCAGCGUCAUGAAGAAGCAGAUCGCCAUCGGAGGAUACAGAACGUUUAUUAUCAAGACCAAGACGACAGACGUUCCCACCUCAGUCGGGCCCUCGCAGUACAUCUGUGCCCCAGACAGCAAGCACCUUUUCUUGGCCACACCUGCUCAGCUCCUCCUGGAGAAAUACCUUCAACACACCAGCCAGAAGCUGUUUCCACACAGCACAAAGAACUACACACACCCUGUGCUGUCUGUGGACUGCUUUCUCAACCUUGGACCUGAGGUGACGGUGUGUUUUGUGAGUUCCAGACCUCACUCUGUGAACAUCAGCUCCACAGGGCUGCUGUUCAGUGGCCUCCUGCUCUGUUUUGCUGACUCCUUUGUGACUGCUGGGUUCCUCAAGAAGUUCUCCUUUCUCAAAGGAGCGACCCUGUGUGUCAUCAGUGCAGACCGCAGCUCUUUGAGGCAGACGGUGGGCAGGCUGGAGCUGGAGGAGGAGUGGAGGUUCAGGCUCAGCGAUGAAUUUCAGACUGCCAACGCAAAGGAAGACCGUCCGCUCUUCUUCCUGACAGGAAAACAUAUAUGACUUCAACACAUGUGUUCACUGGGCUCCACAGAGUCACUGUCAGGAUUGAAAUCAAAGAAAAUGAAGACAUGCACUAACAUACGUUCUGAAUGGACAAUACAAUGUUUUGGCCAAGGAAACGAGGAAUAUAUUUUUCAAAAUGUAUCUGUUGUGUGGUUUUAUUGACUCAUGAUUAUCCCAUGAGUUUGCAAGUGAUGUUCAGUAAACGUUCAGGAUAUUUAAGGAAGCUUUUUCUAUUAUUGAUAUGGUUUUGUUGAAGUUAGUGUGGUUUAUUCAACACCCCAUUAAUCACUUUCAUUGUAACCUGAAAAGAUUCAUAUUUAUGAUCUACUAGAAUUUGAGUAAUUUGGUGAUACAAGGGUUAAAGAACCAAAUAAUCUCAGUAAUUGCAGGUACUGCUUUUGUCUUUCUUUGUAUGUGUUUGCAGGUUUAUCUGCAUUUAAGUUUGUAUUGUAUUCUAUCGAGUUCUGCACACUUCUUUGCACCUGCACACAAUAUGAGAAGUUUUGAAAAGGGUAGACACAAUCAUUUGUGUGCAAUGGUAGCCGAUUUUUGGCCACAAUCUUUUUUAUUGGCUCCUUUUUGUAGAGGUUUGUUUUGCAUGUAUGUUUUUUCAUAUGAACCAGUAUAUUUUGUCAGUUUGUAUUAUGUAAAAAAAAAAGUACUUAUUCACUGUGUGUACAAUAAGUAAGGUUUUGUUUGAAUGUAAAACAUUGGUUAUGCCUUUUUCUUCAUAGAUUGUAUAUUGAUGUAAUUGUUGAAGAAACAAAAACAAUGAACAGUUUUAUAUGCUUUUAAUUGUAUAAAUGUACAGAAUUUUAGAUAUCUUCCAUGUGUGUUUUUGUACGUUUUUAACAAAGAAUUAAACAGACCUUAACAAAUCA